UAUUUAAAUGAUUAAAAAUUUAAAAACAGCUGAUGAGCAAAGAGAUAAAAUGAGUUUAGAGGAAUACUUCACAUUCCACUUCUUGGUGGAUGGAAUCCUACUGGUGGCUGUGGGGCUCCUGGGCGUAGUUGGAAAUAUAUUCUGUAUCGUCUGGUUCUCUAGGAAACUGGUUCAGCGAGCAUUCCACCAGCUGAUGUUAACCCUUGCUGUAUUUGAUCUGCUCUAUGUUGUCAUCUCUCUCAUUCUCUUCGGUGUGCCAGGACUCUUCCCAUGGGUUUAUGAUUUUGUUGAGUUUAACCACCUCAUCUCAAUAAUCCUUCCCUUCGCACAGAUAGGACUUACAGGUUCAAUCUACUUGACUCUGGCAAUAUCUAUUGAACGUUAUACAACAGUCUGCCAUCCUUUCUUCAAGUUAUACCACUCCUGGUCUGCCAAAUUCUACAUAAUACCAAUCUCAAUGUUCUCAGUACUGUAUAAUAUACCGAAGUUCUUCGAGCAUAGAGUGAUCAAGAACUACACGGUGGUGGAGGAACCAGGCCUGGAACCCGUCAAUAUCACGGUAUAA